CCUUUUUUUUUUUUUUUUUUUUUUUUUUUUUUCCUUCUGUUACCUGUAUGGCGUGUACGGCGUAUACUCUCCUGGUGUUCAGCUAUAAUAUUACCCUCGGGGGAUGAUCAUUCCCUCCAGUCCCGUUAAAAUAAUAUCAGUGUCGACUCGCUUUGCCAGAAGAGAGCCUUCCUUGACACUCACUCUCUCACCAACCAGGGGACAAAAGCCCGAGCGAUCAUGCUCUUGCAACGCUUUGCAACACAUCUCUCCUCUUCUUAAUGGCUGAACCGGAACCUUUGCGUCUCCUAAGCGAGACUCGGUUCGAUCAUCGGGUACCUGAUGGAUUACCCAAGAGCAAUCCUACCGUGGACCUAACAGCUACCUGGGAUGCAUCGGCGGAGAAUCUUCUUAUUUAUCGUCCAAAAGAUCAAGUCGUGUCCAAGAUACGUCAGAUUUCUCGGCCAGGCAUUGCGGCACCGGAACCACUCGCUCUGAAAUGGAAGCCCGAUGGUCAGUUUCUGGCCGUGGGCUGGAGUGACGGCCAUGUGAGGCUCAUGGGCCUCGAGUAUAACAAGGCGGCUCAUCAUAUUCCCAUCUGCCCGGAUUCGUCGGCCAAAAUCACCCAUAUCGGUUGGGCUCGCAACAUCAUUGGCAACCCCCCUAACGCCCAUAGCCACCCGUCGCAACAGGAUCAGUCGCUCUCUUCGUGGCAGCAUGAUAUGGCCAGGGAGCUGGAAUUAGGAGACAAGGAGAGGCCUCCUCCUGUCGACCUGCCCCGCGAGCUCACGUUCCUCGAGAUCGAUGCUUCCCUCCCGAAGAUCAGUCCCCUUCCAUCUAGUAGUGCAGGGGACGGGGAGGACGCCAUGGUCUUCACACUACGGACCAGCAUAGAAUUCCUCUUCCAGCCGUUCAAGGCCGAUGACAGCGACCAAGUCUAUAUCAUGGUUGUGGGUACGAACGACGGCCGUCUUCACCUCAGUAUCUACGACUCCUUCGUCAUCGGCGACUUCCGCUACACCCUCCCAAGCGCCAUUUACCGGCCGGGCGUUCUGCAACUCACCCAUCAUACCUCGCACCCUACCAUGUCCACCCACAGCCUGUUCCUGAAGCAUCCGUCAGAUGAUGACCGAGCCCUCUACCUCGUUCCCAUGGACCUACCCUUCAUACCUUCGUCACCCAUCAACCUCUCCCUCAUAGCAUCCAAACUGACGACAGUACAAAAGUUGCUACGCUACGUCAAACAAGCCCAACUCCACAUGGUGGUGGAAUAUAACAACAGCCGAGAGCUCCCCUCGCGUUUUAUGCGUAGCGUCCAAGAGGAUCUGGCUAAAGAAGAGAGUGGCCCUAGUGACAUUGUCCCAGCCUUGUUCCACGCCGUCGUCACUGGCCAUCUCUACCCCGUCGCCAGGGAGUGGCUUGUAGACCAGUUGGCAGAGCGUGGCCACAAGCGAUGGGACAAGGCCGUCACGUCCGGCUUGCAGAACCUCCGGUCUCUCAUCCACGAGAAUUUGAUCCCCGCCCUCGAACGGCUAUCCAUCAUCCUUAGCCGUCUCCGCGGCCUCGCCCUGUUCUAUGACAACCGGGACGACAUCGGAUUCUCAGUCACCCAGAUCACCCGUGCCAUGGACUUCGUCUCUUGCUUGAAGGUCAUAGGCCACCGCAUCCUUCUUCAAGUAAUGGAAGAGCUCGACUUUUUCAAUGCCUUCUCGGCCUGGCUACGUUUCCAAAUCGACCGCGCAGCCCAAUCCGGCUCCGUGGGCGAUGAACUCAGUGAUAGAGAGGCCGCGCUAGACAUCGGGUCCGUGCUGGCCUAUGUUCAGCACUACUUGGUUCAGAGUCCCAUGGCCAUCUUCUUCGACGACGGUGUGACCGAGCAGGAGGCGCAGGCAGAUUGGCAAACCGUCGGGGAGGGAUCAUCGUUGCUUGACACCAUCGACAUGCAGUUGAAGCAGCAUGAGGCGGGACAGCCGUACAAGAAGGGCCUACCUCAUGUUGCCUACCUUGUCGACCAGCUGGACGCCCGAGCAAGCGGUAUCUUCAGGGACAUUGCCGAAGCCCAGAAGAGAAGCGUUCACUUUGGCCAGCCAACCAAGAUGGUCUUACAGCACGCAAUGUCCAGCAUGGAUGCUGUAAUGUGCCCUGAUACUACUGUCGGGGAUUCUAGCGGUGCUCGCACGUUCACCGCGAUUACUCAACAAACACACGACUCGGAAUUGUAUAUUUUCUGCACCCGGUUGAAGAUUAUCAACGGUAUAAGCACCAAGAUAUCGGACACCGUCGCAUCACUCCGUGUACAAACUAGCGGCAAGAUUGUCGAUCUGAAGUUUUCAAGCGGGACCACCUUGGUUCUUUUGUUAUCGUAUCCAGGCAAGACAGCCGUAGUGCAAGUUCCAGUCCAAUCCCCUCAGAUCAACUACGCACCUUACACUGAAGGUGAUCUUCCGCCGCCUCAAGAUCUUGAAAAGACACUGGCGACGGCAGAAGGGUACCGAGUUUCCCCGCUGCCCGAUGAUCCUGCCUUGUCGCCCAUACAGAUGGAGGCACAUUCCCGGAGCGAAGCGCGUGGGGAGAUAGCCCCGCGAGUGUGUCUCCUCGGCCGCGAUCGCGCAACCUGGAAGGUGUUUGUUCUGGAAGACGGAAUCCAGAACGAGAGCAGCAAUGCGUCUUCCGUUGCGCAGACGCCGAGGACUUUUGGCAAAGCGAACAAGGAGAACGGUCGCUCGGGCAAAGACAGCGAGGCGGCCUAGGAGUUUGUUACCACGCCACGGCCUCGCCCGUUCGAAGAGCCCCCUAGGCGGUUCUCCCCCCAGAGAAGUAGUCUCGGGACAAAUAACAACAGACAAAGAUAGAACCGCGGUGAGAAACGUAUGGGUUAUCAAAGUAAUAUUAAGGUAGAUUAGGUUGUGGCUAUGUCCAUACCCUGCCCAUCCGUUCUAAAGAGAAAAGUUCGAAGCA